AUGGCACACUCCCUCCGGUCGAAGUCGAAGCUUAAGUCGAAGAAGACAAAGACGUCCAACCCGGACUCGGACUACUUCAAGGCCGCCCACGAGAGAACCGAGCGGUUGGCGCUCAAGCUGAAGGAGAACACGGCAAAGCAGGCCGCCGCCGGCGCAGCGGCUGGCGCCAGCAAGGACGACUCGAAGAUGGACGCGGACGAGGAGCCGGCCAAGGUGAACACCCACGGGUGGAGAAAGUCGAGAGCCGCCAACUACAAGAAGAAGAAGGCGUCCAAGAAAAACAAGUCUCUCAAGUUCUAG